CACGGAGAGCUCGUCUGCAGGCUUUCUGUCCAACCGCUUCUUGUGCAAGUCGUUCACACCGAUCUGAUCUGAUCCCCCUCUCACUCCACGGCCAUGGCUGCGCACUUCCUUCGCACUGCAUUUUACGCAACUGCAGCAAAAAAAUCGAUAAGUCUACCGUUCGUUGCCGGCCGGACAGCCGCAACUUUAGCUGUGGGCCUUUCCUUUGGUGCACAAAAUAGCCGGAGCGCUGGCGCUGUUCCGUACGAGAAUGUCUACGCGGACAAUUUCUUCAGUGGGUGCGGGGGCACCAUAUCCACCGGUCUGCUGCGACCGAUGGCCGAGUACCGGGAGAUCCAACGGCCGCUAUCUCGCAAUUUCUCGAGCUUGAGCACCGGCGGGCCGCAGGUGGCACAUAGCGCCAUGGCACCGUUGACGAAUCGCCGGUAUAUAUCUUCCCAAGAUAUUACCAAAAACAUGACUCUCUAUACUAGCAACAAAACGAAGAUCGAAGUGGAUCCCAAGACGCUUGCGUUUAAGAACCCGACUGGCAAUCCCCUGGUUCUGAUGAUGGCCUGGCUGAUGGCCAAGCAGAAACAUCUGAAGAAAUAUGCCCAGAUCUACACAGAAAUGGGCUUCGAUGUGAUGGUGGUGCACAUUACGCCCUGGCAGCUGUUGUGGCCCGUUAAGGGAACUCAGGUGGUGGCCGCCGAGACUCUCAAGUUUCUCGAGAACAACGCAUCGUAUGAACCGAUCGUCAUGCAUGGCUUCUCCGUUGGAGCAUACCAGUUGGGCGAGAUUAUGCUGCAGAUGUCGCGCGAUAUGGAUCGCUAUGGCAGUAUCCUGGAGCGCUUCGUUUGCCAGAUUUGGGACAGUGCUGCCGACAUUACAGAGAUUCCAGUAGGCGUGCCCAAGUCCAUCUUCCCCAAGAACGAACGCAUGCAGAGCGCCCUGAGGAACUACACCCUUUACCAUAUGAAGACAUUCCACAACCAGGCCACGAUUCAUUAUAUGCGCUCCAGCCAAAUGUUCCACUCCACCCUGCUCAAGGCCCCGGCGCUGUUCUUCGUCUCUGACAACGAUCCGAUUGGCCCACCUUCAUCGAAUCAAGCUGUCCGCGAGAACUGGGAGAGGGCCAACGUAAAGGUCACAUUCAAGUGCUGGGAACGUUCCCAGCAUGCGGCCCACUACAUGAAGCAUCGGGAUGAGUAUCUGCAGACCUUGUUCCAUCAUCUGGAGACCUGUGGCGUACUCGAGGCCAUUGGCGUCCCCAAGCGCGCCAAGUUGUAAGCCCCUUAAGGCUGACGAAUCGGUGAUAUACAUUUAAACAGAUAUUCAACAAUCAAUGCGAUUAUGAUUUUACUUUAGUUUUUAAGAUCUAACGUUUAACAAAAACAAUUGUCCUACAUCCGAUUAUCUAUGUGCGUUUCCCAAGGUAUAAUCUUGAAACAUAUAUUUGGCUACGAUCCCCCCGCAAUGGUAUCCACACCGGAAUGCAAGCGGAAUACGUAAAUACGUGCGAUAAAAGUCGUAACAGAAAGUUAUAUUAUCUAUAUUAUCUUUUGAGAUCGCCGCAGAACGGCUUAAUAAAGUAAAUUAACAGAUAAA